CCUCAUACUGUGAACAUGCUACCAGCUAUCCACCACAUUACCUUCCAUUCUCUCACAUGCUACCAGCUAUCCACCACAUCACCUUCCAUUCUCUCACAUGCUACCAGCUAUCCACCACAUCACCUUCCAUUCUCUCACAUGCUGCCAGCUAUCCACCACAUCACCUUCCAUUCUCUCACAUGCUACCAGCUAUCUACCACAUCACCUUCCAUUCUCUCACAUGCUACCAGCUAUCCACCACAUCACCUUCCAUUCUCUCACAUGCUACCAGCUAUCCACCACAUCACCUUCCAUUCUCUCACAUGCUACCAGCUAUCCACCACAUCACCUUACAUUCUCUCACAUGCUACCAGCUAUCCACCACAUCACCUUCCAUUCUCUCACAUGCUGCCAGCUAUCCACCACAUCACCUUCCAUUCUCUCACAUGCUGCCAGCUAUCCACCACAUCACCUUCCAUUCUCUCACAUGCUACCAGCUAUCCACCACAUCACCUUCCAUUCUCUCACAUGCUGCCAGCUAUCCACCACAUCACCUUCCAUUCUCUCACAUGCUGCCAGCUAUCCACCACAUCACCUUCCAUUCUCUCACAUGCUGCCAGCUAUCCACCACAUCACCUUCCAUUCUCUCACAUGCUACCAGCUAUCCACCACAUCACCUUCCAUUCUCUCACAUGCUGCCAGCUAUCCACCACAUCACCUUCCAUUCUCUCACAUGCUGCCAGCUAUCCACCACAUCACCUUCCAUUCUCUCACAUGCUGCCAGCUAUCCACCACAUCACCUUCCAUUCUCUCACAUGCUGCCAGCUAUCCACCACAUCACCUUACAUUCUCUCACAUGCUGCCAGCUAUCCACCACAUCACCUUCCAUUCUCUCACAUGCUACCAGCUAUCCACCACAUCACCUUCCAUUCUCUCACAUGCUGCCAGCUAUCCACCACAUCACCUUCCAUUCUCUCACAUGCUGCCAGCUAUCCACCACAUCACCUUACAUUCUCUCACAUGCUGCCAGCUAUCCACCACAUCACCUUCCAUUCUCUCACAUGCUGCCAGCUAUCCACCACAUCACCUUCCAUUCUCUCACAUGCUGCCAGCUAUCCACCACAUCACCUUCCAUUCUCUCACAUGCUGCCAGCUAUCCACCACAUCACCUUCCAUUCUCUCACAUGCUGCCAGCUAUCCACCACAUCACCUUCCAUUCUCUCACAUGCUGCCAGCUAUCCACCACAUCACCUUCCAUUCUCUCACAUGCUGCCAGCUAUCCACCACAUCACCUUCCAUUCUCUCACAUGCUGCCAGCUAUCCACCACAUCACCUUACAUUCUCUCACAUGCUGCCAGCUAUCCACCACAUCACCUUCCAUUCUCUCACAUGCUGCCAGCUAUCCACCACAUCACCUUCCAUUCUCUCACAUGCUGCCAGCUAUCCACCACAUCACCUUCCAUUCUCUCACAUGCUGCCAGCUAUCCACCACAUCACCUUCCAUUCUCUCACAUGCUGCCAGCUAUCCACCACAUCACCUUCCAUUCUCUCACAUGCUGUACCUGAUGACAAUGAGACUAC